AAUCACACGUAUUGUAGGAUUCCUUUGGGUUUCCGGCGAGAUGUCUGCGUGUGAACAGUUAUCGCCGGAGCCGCCGCCAUCUGCUUGACUUCCGCCGAGAUCGGAUUUUUUUAUCAGCUCCGGUGACUCUGUCACCGCCGGGAUCUGUCAUGGUUUUACGGAAAUUAUGAUUAUCCUAAAUUGAUGGAUAGGAUGAAGAACAGUUGGAAGGAUCGAAUUUGGAUUUUAGUUGAAAUGAUGACGUAUAGGAGCUCUUCAAACUGCAGGUUUUGAUUUUGGGGUAUAGAUAACGUGUUUUUUAGAGAAUUCAAGGUGCACACUGCACAGAAAGAUUAUGAGAAAAAUGGUUAAGAUUCUGACAGAAGCUGCUAAGUACUUGUUGUAAGCUUAAACCACUUUUUCUCAGAUAAUUUAUUACAGGAACAAGAAGAACUAGAAGAAGGAAGUGGGGUAGAAAGGAUGAAGGGGAAGGGAGGAGAUUUUGAUGGUAAACUCACAUACUCAUCCAACGAUUCUCUUCUUCCUGGACUAUACGAUGAUGUAGCUCUUAUUUGUCUUGCGUGGGCGUGUAGAUUCGAUUAUGCUUCCCUAUCCUGCUUAAAUGUGAGGUUUAAUUUGCUUAUGAAGAGUGGGUAUCUAUAUGAGUUAAGGAAACAAUUGGGGAUCAUAGAGCAUUGGGUGUAUAUGGUUUGUGAUCCCAGGGGAUGGGAGGCAUUUGAUCCAACUAGCAAGAAGUGGAUGAGAUUGCCUAAAAUCCCUUGUGAUGAAUGUUUUAAUCAUGCAGAUAAGGAAUCUUUAGCUGUGGGUAGUGAAUUGCUGGUUUUUGGUCGCGAACUGUUUGAAUUUGCUAUAUGGAAGUACAGUUUAAUUCACCGGAAUUGGGUGAAAUGUGAGGGAAUGAGUCAUCCUCGUUGUUUAUUUGGGUCAGGGAGUUUUGGGAUGGUUGCCAUUGUUGCAGGAGGUAGUGAUCAGAAUGGGAACAUUCUGAAAUCUGCAGAGCUAUACGAUUCAUCGACUGGUAGAUGGGAGAUGUUGCCCAAUAUGCACUCGCCACGUAGAUUAUGCUCGGGUUUUUUCAUGGAUGGAAAGUUUUAUGUGAUAGGAGGAAUGACAAGUCCGAAUGAUUCAUUAACUUGUGGAGAGGAACUUGAUCUUAAGACGAAGAAAUGGAGGAAAAUCGACGGGAUGUACCCUAACAUAAACAGGGCUGCCCAGGCACCUCCUCUUGUGGCAGUAGUUGCUAAUCAACUUUAUGCUGUUGAGUACCUAAGCAACAUGGUCAAGAAGUACGAUAAAGAGAAGAACUCAUGGGAUGUUCUGGGAAGACUUCCAGUCAGGGCUGAUUCUUCAAAUGGUUGGGGUUUAGCCUUCAGAGCCUGUGGGGAAGAACUUCUGGUGGUGGGUGGACAAAGGGGACCAGAGGGUGAAGCCAUUGUUCUUAACUCAUGGAGUCCCAAAUCAGGGGUCAAAAAUGGCGUCUUGGAUUGGAAGGUUAUUGGGGUGAAGGAACAUGCUGGUGUAUUUGUCUACAACUGUGCUGUGAUGGGCUCUUGAAGCCCUAACCACAGGUUUUUUUUCCCCUUGAAAUUAUCUGAUUAACCUGUUCCUUUUUCAUCUGGGGUUCUCUUCCUUUUCUUUAUUUUGUGUACUUUAUUCUGUGUCAAUAAACUGCAAAGGUGUAUCUAGUUUUUAGUUGUAUGUUACUGCUACACUUCUGCUGAUCCCAUAUCAACAACAUGCAUUUCUC